AUGGAGCGCAAGGCCUUCUGCAAGCCAGCCAAUGACUUCGAUGUCAUGGGCCCCUUGUCAGACUCGGACGGCGACAAUGAGAUCCUGGCUCCCCGGCACCAGAAGGUCCUGGCUGCCGCUGCACGGCGGCGCCAGGGGAUGGGCUCCUUCUCCAGCUCCUUCUCCAUCAGGGAGAAGCCGCAGCCUGCGCCAGCCAAGCCUGCAAGAAACCCCGACCGCCAGCUCUGGGCCGACAUCACCACUGAUGAUGAGGACAGCUUUCCGACUUGGUCUCCGACCCCAAAGAUCACAUCCAAGGCAGUGGACACCAAGGUAGAGAGCUCGGGGAACACACGUGGCUAUGACAAGUGGUCUUGGAGCACUACUGCCACGAAUAUGGAUGAUCUGGAGGACGAGCUCCCUGAGGACGUAUCCCCGACGGCCGCAUCUCAGACCACUGAGCAUUCCAGCUUCUCUUCAACCGGCAGUGACGUCACAGAGGGACUUCAGCUUCUGCCGCCAAACCCAGAACCGCAAGUCACGCCGAAGGGCAUGGGUGUGUCAGUGCAGGUCAUGAGCGUGCAGCCUCACAUGCAGCCUCAGGUUCAGCCUCACAUGCAGCCUCAGGUUCAGCCUCAGGUUCAGCCUCAGGUUCAGCCUCAGGUUCAGCCUCAGGUUCAGCCUCAGGUUCAGCAGGGCAUGAUGGUGGCAGUGCCUGCCAUGCAGUAUGUGCCUUUCGGAAUGGGGAUGCUACCAUUUGCCAGGGCAGCCAUGCCACACUUCCCGCUGAUGACCGCUCCACCCAUGCUGGGGACUAUGCCUCGGGAGGACAAAGAGGACGAGAACCUCCGUCGCCCGGUCCAGCUGUCUGGCGCGCUGAUGGCCGGACCUCCCUUCGGCAAGUUGCACCGCUUCCACCAGAAGAACACCAGCAUGGGAGUCCUUGAUAGCGAUGCCCGCACCUUCACCAAGAAACAGAACAAGGGCCGGCUCAGCAUCGUUUGCGAGAACAAGGUCCACUUUCAAGGCACUGUGCGCUAUGCCGUCCAGUUCACAGAAGGUGAGCUCUGCAGCGCAGAUGGCGUCGGCUUCAUCCUCUCCUCUGACCUUCCCUGCACCAAGAACAUCCAGAAGAUCGUGUCAGUUUUUGCCAACCGUACAGGCCGGAUUUGCAUCCGUGUCCACGAUGAGGUAGAGCGAUGCCCACAGCGGGUGAAGUGCUUGGAGAUUGGUGAUUGGCUGGAGGUCAACGCUGACCUCGCGCAGCAGACCGUGAGCUUCACUGUCUGGCCACAGGACAACUCGGAGCCCUCUUAUGCCACGGUCUCCUUCAAGGACAUCCUGGUGAAUGACAUCCUGAACAAGGCACGUGGGCGCGGCGUGCACGGCCUCCCUCGCAAUCCCUGUGGUUACUUGGCUGCCGUCAUCAAGCACGUGGGCGUGUCGGAUGAAACUUACCAUGCCUUUGCAUCCAUGAGUAUCCACAGGCUACAUGCCAUCCUCCAGCAGGUGAUGAACUGCUCAGAGCCUUCGGAGCUGCAAAUCCUCCUCACCAGCAGAGAGUGUGGGCAGUUCAUCAACAGCUUCGGCGCCUUUGCCAUGCUCCGGGCCGUUGGCCUUGUCUGUAGCCGCCAUGCGGCAGACCGAACUGUCCAUGUCUUUGGUGCUGGGGUUGCCACCGACCUGGCAGAGCGCGCAGCGAGCGCGCUGAAGUGUCUCGAGCAGCACUUUGAGACGCUUCCGGCACCCAAGGUCCCACAGGAGAAGGCAAGAUACCGUGUAGUGCUACACGUGGAUCCAGACAUCUUCGCUGCCGGCGUGCCGGUGCAGAUGGUCUACCAGGAGCAGCUGCGAACGCUUAUCAUUCCAGCCAUCGCGCCUCCUGGGGAGGGCUGGUCCUGGCCACAGAGAGGGUGGUCUGGCGAAGAUGGCAUGGUGCAGCACCUGCAGGUGUCCUUGCCCACAGGCAAGGCUGACCUUUGUCGUGAACAGGAGUUCGAGGAGGCUACAAAGGUUGCAAAAAGGCUGGAAGUGUCUGGGCUGAAUGCCUCGGUGGAAGAAGGUUCCAGCGACCCUCUCAAAGACGCCACCAUGGAGGUGCCAUGCAACUGGACCGGCAGCUUUGCUCGAGGGAGCCGCGUACGGUUCCGAGACGCUGCAAGGUCAGUCUUGCCAAAUAGCAUCGACGUCUCUUCCAUAGGCAUGAUCUGCGAGCAAGUCUUCAAUGUCAAGGAGGAUGGGUCCCGCGAGCUGCAGUAUUUCGUGGUCCUUCCAAAGAGCCUGGCAGUGCCGCCAAUUCCGGGAGACCUGUUGGAAGCAGCUCCUGCAGCUGAGCGGAUUCAACCAGGUGUGCGGGUCCGAGUGAAUCCACCAUCCGGAAAGGACCCUGCUUAUGGUUGGGGACGCAUUGCAAGCAGCGAUGUAGGCAUUGUUCAGCAAGUUCAUUUGGAUGGGAAGGUGGACGUGUUUUUCAUGUCCGAAGAGAAGCUCUGGCAUGCGGCGCUCCAGGAUCUUGAUACAGAGAACCUGCCCAUGACGCUUCGGCCGAACUGCCCGGUUUGCCAGCGGCCCUUUCCUUCAGGGCAGCAGCUGAACUUGGACAUUGCCAUGGACGCGCAGAUCAGGAGGAUGAAGAAGCUCAUGGCUGGGGCUCGGCACGAGCGGAAUGGCCUGGACCGAGAAGGUGGGGUGCCCAGGCUUCUGAGAUCGCAGACUCACAGGGAGGAGCUCAAGUGCAACAUCUGCUUCGACCUCGUCGUGUCACCAGUGACGCUGCCCUGCGGUCACAGCUACUGCAAGCACCACAUCCAAGUGUGGCUGUUGGAGAAUGACAGCUGUCCUGUCUGCCGUGUGCGAAUCCUCCACUACAAGGAUCGCGAGCAGAAGCCGAGGCAGCUCCGGACAGCGGCGCCCCUCUUUCAGACCUCCUUAAGGGAUGAAGACGGCAAAGGAGGGCAGCAAUCUGGAGAGGGAUUCGAGCUUCACGUCAACAAGAUGUUGGAGACCCAAGUAAUCCGUUUCUUCCAAGACGAGGUGCAGCUGCGCAUCUCGGAGGUGGCCACGGAAGUCUGGGACGUCAUUGAACGACGACAGGAUGGCUUCCUGACUCGGCUGCGCAACUUCCUGGAUCAGUUCCGGGCGCCAGGUGUGACGGAGCUUCUGAAGCUCAAGAGCAUGGUUGGACCAGAUUCACCGCUGCCCAACACGAAGGGAGCUACACUGCUGAUGAUGGCUAGCGAGCUUGGCUUGGAGGAUGUGGUGGAGGAGCUUCUGAGCAUUUCUGCCGACCCCUUGAAAACUACUUCUGCCGGCUUUGGCCCAGGGACGUCUGCAUUACAGCUGGCAGCGGGACAGGGCCACGCUGCUGUGCUCAGGAUGCUGCUCGCGGCAGAGCAUGGCGACGUCGACUCACACACUGCCGCGCUGUGUGCAGAAGCUCUAGGAGCAGCGAUCGAACGACAUCACAUCCCCUGUGUGGAGGAGCUUUUGCGACUUCCCGGUGUCGCCGAUCUGCGAAACAGCAUGGAUCUCACUGGACUUCUCACGGCAGUACAGGCUGGGAACACGGAGAUUAUCUCCAUGCUUGUUGAGCACGGGGCGAACAUCGAAGCCCGCACAGCGCAUUCGGGCUUGCUAGUUUCGAAGGCCGGAGCCGAGAAGGUGAACGGCCCCUACCAGCAGGUGGGCGAGUUUAGCGGCCGGCCGCUGUACGAGAACCUUUUUGGGGCUGUGGUGUAUUGCAAAGGAUGGUGGAAGAUUGCCCUAUCCCGAGCAAACAUGGAGGAGACGGAGGAGCGCUUCAUAUAUUCCGCUCCAGCGCCUCACGAGGACUUUCCUGAGCCGCCCAUCGGCCAAUGGACGACCACGGGUGGCCGGCGAGAGGAUGGUCCCUCGCCGCCACCGGCGCCCAUUGUCACGUGGAUUGCACGGGCCGGGCAGGCAGCCACCCCGCUGCUGCUAGCGGCACAGCUCGGCUUGGGUGGGGUCGCUGAGCGGCUGCUGGAGUUGAAAGCGGACCUCAGCGCAGAGAUGCCGGGCACGAAACAGGUGCCCAUGCACAUUGCGGCGAUGGUCGGCGAGCUGGGUGUGAUUCGGGCACUUAUCCAGGCCUCUGCAGAUCUAGCGCGCGCGGAUGCCGUGGGCUUCACACCCCUGGCGCUGGCAAGCCAUGCAGGGCACCCAAAGGCUGUCCAGGAGCUGCUGGAGGCAGGAGCCUUGUCUGAGCCGGCAGGGGAAGCACCAUCGCCCAUGGUUUUGGCCGCUGGAUGUGGGAGCUACGUGAUCGAGGGAAAGACAGGACCGCCAGCUGGCAUGACUGCCUACUGUGAGAUUGUGCAGCUGCUGUUGGACGCGAAAGGUGACGCCUCGUCUGCUGCCCUUGAGGCGGCAGCCGUGGCUGGCGCCUCAGCGGUCCUUGCAAAGCUGGCCGAGCAGGCGGCAGUGGACGAGGCAGGACCCAGCGGCGCCUCGCCACUGCUAGCGGCAUUACGCCAUGCCUCCACCCCGCGCCUAGCAGUGAAGGACCAGGGCCGUGAACCACCGCCGGAGCCAGUGGUGGGGCCGCAGGCAGAGGCGGCCCGGCUCCUGUUGAGUCUUCGGGCCUCACCGUUGAACUGCGCCGGCGAUGGUACCAGUGCCCUCAUGCUUGUGGCGGCAUUGGAUGACCAGGAGCUUUUGCAGCAGCUGCUCACAUCUGGCGCCGAGUUGGAUGGAAGCCGUGGCGCCAGCGACGCCUUGGCAGUUGUGGGAAGCCAGCCUGAGGAGUGGAAGGUUAUCGAUGAUCUGCUGAUGCACAUGGAGGGUACAUCGCAACCAUUGCCGCCGAGCGUCCUCUGCCCUCGGAUGCAUCCCAUGGAGAGGCUCAGAAAGGACCGGUGCCACCGAAGGCCACACUGCGACAGCUGUCGGAAGCAGGAGUUGCACAGCAGCCCAGUCUACUGGACUUGUUGGCCCUGUGACUACGACUUGUGCAUUGAUUGCGCCCGGGUGCCGCGUGUGGUGCAGUUCCGAGAGGGCUUCGACCCGUUCACCGAGACCGAGGAAGUUGUCCUGCCAGAAAGCACGCCCCAAGAGCUUCUCAGGAGCCCCGCGUUUGUCACCACCAGAAUGGAUGGUUGGACUGCGCUGCACCAUGCUGUUGUCGCCGGCAGUGAGAAGUCCGUGAGGGCGCUGCUGGAUGCCAAGGCCGACCCUGCUCGGGCGGAUGCGACCGGCCUCACUCCCCUCCACUGGGCGGCCUUCCUAGGCAACAGCACCCUCCAGUGCUUGAUCGAGUCUGGCGCCCCUGUCGCAGCUCUGGACAGCGAGGGAAGGCCACCGCUGUCGCUGAUGCCCACGGAAGCAUUGAGAUAUGCUUUCCGUGCCCUGGAGUUCGAGUUUAAGGAGCUAUGUUGUCACGAACUGCGCGUUGUGGGCUCAGGCCCUGCGGAUGGCCUCUACGUGCAGGUCAAGCCGCCGCCGAAGGAGGCAGCCGAGGCAGCCGAGGCAGCCGAGGCAGCACAAUCAAGCGCCUCUCAGACGCAGCAGCCAACUGAGCCGGCUGAGUCAGCCGCUGCUUCAGCUGCCCCAACUUCCCCAGCAGCGCCAGAAGCCGAGGAAGCCGAGCAGACCGGCGCGCCUCCGCCGCCGCCGGAGGCGCCCGGCGAAGCUGGAGCCACUGGUGGUGAGGAUGAGGCAGCGGGCGAUGCGACGCAAACAAACAUCCCAGCCCCAAGCAGGCCUCGAUACCAAAGGACUGACGGCGUGCCCUUCAGCAUCAGAUGGGAUGAGAAGAACGGGUGGGCACUGUACCAGACAACUCCCACUCCAGCUGGUGGGGAAGCAUGCGUUUUCAAGAGCAGCCAGGACACGCGGUACUGUCCAGCAGAUGGAUGGGCACCAGACGAACGCGUGCACUUCGAAGAGCCGCCUCGAGUGCACGUGGAGGAAGUGGCGCCGUACCGAUGGGGAGUGCUCCUCUUUCAGGCGACUCCAGCUGAGCUGCGAAGACCAGGCUUGCAAGAAGAGGUAGACUCUUUGCCCGAGCUGAAGCAGACGACCUCGGUGAGUCGAAUCUUCAUUCCUGGCCUUCCAGGGAUGCAGAUCUCGUUUUCGGGCGCCGGGGGCGCCGAGGGCAUGCACCAGAGAGCUCUGGAAAUGGUCAUGCGCGGCAUGGACGAGCCAUCUUGCCCGGUCAGCUGA